GAGAAGGAAAAUUACUCCUAACCUUCAGCUGCUGGAAUUGAGAGAGAGACAGAGAGAGGGUACUGAAUCGUGGGGGUAGAGACAGAGAUGGAGAUUAUAGAGGGCCAUAGGUCAACACCACCUUCAGGCCGCUACACACUACAACCAUCUCCAUUCUCAAGCGAAGAUAUACUCUUCUGCAUAGAUGUGAACACUGAGUCACUUGUGGAAAUGAAAGUCACAGGCCCCAAUGGCCGACCCUUCACCAGAUUGGACACAAUGAAGCAAGCGAUUCUUCUCUUCAUCAAUGCCAAGCUGGCCAUCAACCCUGAUCACCGCUUCGCUUUCGCGGCACUAGGAAAGUCGGCUUCUUGGCUUCGGAAAGAGUUUAGUAGUGAAGUUGAAUCUGCAAUGGCAGCAUUUCGGGGGAUCUCAGUUGACUCGUCUUCUGGUCAUGUGGAUCUCACCCAACUAUUCCGGGUAGCAGCCCAUGAAGCAAAGAAAUCUCGUGCACAGAAUCGGAUCUUCCGGGUGAUUCUACUUUAUUGCAGAUCAUCAGUAGCACCACAACAUCAAUGGCCUGCAACCCAGAGACUCUUCACUUUGGAUGUAAUAUACCUUCACGACAAGCCAGGGCCUGACAAUUGUCCCCAGAAGGUGUAUGAUGCCCUUGUCGAGGCCCUUGAACAUGUCAGCGAGUAUGAGGGCUACAUCUUUGAGAGUGGCCAGGGGCUGACACGUGUCCUCUUCCGUUACAUGUGUGUUUUGUUAUCACAUCCCCAGCAACGUUGCGUGCAAGAUGAUGUUGACAUACCCAAGUCCCUUACGAAAAAGUCACCUGCAGCUGACUCAGCACCAGCAGAAGAAAAUGUUCCUGUGACCAGCCAAUGAGAGAGAGUAAACAGUCGAACAAGUGAAUUGUGGUCAUACACAAGUUGUGUCGAUCGUGCAAGAAAUAGCUUCCAAAUGCCUUCACAGGUGGUGCAAAGUGUGCCAUUGACUGGUUCAGAUUUUGUGACAAAGAAUUGCUUUUUAUUUUUUCUUCUUGAUGAGAAUUAUAGACUCUUGUAGUUAUCCCAAAUGUUUCUGCAAUUAAAACUGAAUGCAUUAUGGAAGAAGCACGACUAUUAUUGUAGUUGAUUGAACAAUGCUUAAAAAUGUGGUAAAGGACAGGUUGAAAAUCAAAGGAAAAAACCUGUAAUAGAUAAUUGCAGUUAGGCUGAAUGGAAG